AUGGAUCGAAAACCCAGAGUGCCAGUUAUGGCAUUCAUGCAGACGGAUAUGGAGUCCUCUCUCGAGUCCACGAGGGAUUGCACACCGGUUUCAAUUAACAAGAACAUCCCGCUCCUUUGCACAGUUUGCCCAGAGGCACCGCGCUUCUCGGACGUAUCGCAUUUACUCACACACAUUGCCUCCAAGGGGCAUCUGCACCACGAGACACAAACUAAACUCAAGUCCCAUCAGGAUAUCGCGGCAUCUAUGACAUUGCAGCAGUAUGAGAGUUGGUACAAAGCUAAUGGAAUCGAGGCGCUUCUUGUGGAGAGAAUGAAGGCAAAACAGAAGAAAGAAGCAGCAAAGACCAGCCGCACUCGAGAUUCAACUCCAUCAGUGACAUUAAAGUCUAGACGGAAGUCCAAGCGAGGCUCCAACAAGACGAAGGUGAAAGCUGAACAAGACGAUUUGGUCCAAGAUUAUCCUCUAUUUCCUGGAUUUUUUCCUUCUGAAAUUGAUGCGGAGGUGGAUGAAGAGUUUGCCAACGGUGACAUGCUGUCACUCAAGGGCCAAGUAUGGCCGGGCAUGGGCAAAAUGGACCUUGCCAAUGACGAUAUGAAACGAACUCGAAAUCAGCGUAAACCCAAUUCGGUAAUUGAGAAGAUGAAACAUACUUCCGAGGGAAUUGAACCUACCCAGGUUAUCAUGACUCCAGAUCUAGAGGUCGAGCGGGUCAAGGGAGUCUAUGACAGUUCCUCACCUAUUCCUGGUCAGGAGGAAGAGUUCAAGACCCCUAAAAAGAUAGCAAGACCUAAACGGAAGCGGUCACAAGCACUCGCCGAAAUAUCAGUCAACGUGCCUCGCCGUGCUAGCAGACGGCCUGGCCGUCGAAAUGGUCAAUCCAAAGUCAAGGCAUCUCCUGAAGAAAGCAAUGGUGACAGUAUGUUGCCGAUUGCUGCGAGCACGACCUCGCUUAGACAUGGAAACGAUGUCUUCCGCGACAAUGAUGAUGAUGGGGUUUCUGGACUCUAUGGCGAUCGCAUGUUCACAACCCCGUCACGCCAGGACCAAAGACCUGACCUACGCAAUCGAAUCGGCUUGUAUCCUUAUGACCUUUCGGUUGGCCAACCCGAAGCCACAUCUUUUACUAUGAACGACCCCUCGAUAUACAACUAUUCCUCCAGGCUGCCAUUUUUAUCUUGUAAUAAUGUCGGUAGUUCAGGCAACUACAUGUUUCGCUUCAAUUCGAACAGUCUCUUGCAACCAAAACCCGAACGGCAUCAAAGCCCUGGACAUGGAGAAAUGGUUAAUGGGACCGGGAACCCGCAAUACCUCCAUAUCUCUGAAUCAAAUCCGCUUUUCGCUCAGGACCGGCCCAUUUUCGGUUCAUACAGUACGAUAGGACCAUCUCAAACACUCUCUUCUUUCAAUAUACAACCAAUAAGCCGCAGCAGCGAUUACAAUCAAGCAGCAGCUAACAACCAAGAGGACCACGCCACCACGAGUUGCAGCAUCAAAAUGGAGAGCCAUUACAGCGAUAUGAUGGCCAAUGCAUCAACCGGAGAGUGUAAGCAACGUAGCUUCACAGAAAAUGAAGUAUGGGCGAGUACUGAGACGUUGGACUUGUGA